ACCGUCCACGCCGUUGACGCCCUUUUAAAAUGGUGGGUCCCACAAAUGUCAAUGGCCAAACGUCUCAGGGCACGUCGAUCAAUUGUAGAGGAUCAUCAUCUGAGAGAGAAAUCACAAUCCCGAAACCCACAAAAUUUCCCUGGAACAUCCAUGGCAGAACCAAAACCAGGGCCUACAAACCCAUCGUCAGAAAAAGGUGUAAAAGCACCAACAAGUCACACUGAGAAAUCACCUCACCAUCACGAAACCCACGGAAGGAGUGAUGACAUUGAUAAGAACACCCAGAUAGAUGAAGUUAAAGGCCCAAAUGUGUUUGAACGAGUUAAAGAAGAAAUUGAGGCCAUUGUGCAAGCAAUUCAUCCUAAGAAAGAAUCCGACGUUUCAUCUUCAAAAUGACAGGUCAGAGGUGGUUUCCACCUCAGUUGCUAGAUUGUUAGAGAACUAGGAGAUAAGAGGAGAGAAGCUACUAGUGUACUGUCAAUGAUGCUCAUUUAGUUUGUUAUGUUAACAUUUGCUGAAAAUGUUGGCUUGAAUGCCAAAUGGAACACGCGUGUUAUUUGAGGAGACCAGUAUGGUCAUUGGUUACUGAAUACAUAUUAAACUUGUAGCUUUUUGUUUGGGAAGAAAGUUCAGGAGCAAUAUUUCAUGACUCCUACAGAAUUA